GGGCUGUUGCUUUUCCUCCCGCCACGGCUCGAAGUUAACACUGAGCCAUGCCCCAAUCUUGGUCGGCAAUAUGCAUUCCAGGUUAGGGUUUCUGUUGACAUCCAGUUUCAGAAGGAAAUCUCCACUUUCUACUUUCUUCAUACACGAUACUUCCUCAACAAGUGUCCUGCUUGAUUCUUCUCGGGUAUUAUAUCGGCGUUCUUCUAACAUUAACAAUGGAACUCCCUUUUCCCGGUUCCUUUCAUCGAUUUUGCACUAUGGAGGGGCACGUUAUCUUAGCAGCUACGCAGUUGAUCAGUUCUCGGACGAUGAGUACGAAUGCGAUUACGAGAAUAACCCGGCAUCAUCAUCAGUGGCAAAUAUUGAUGAAUGGAAAUGGAAACUUAGCAUGCUUUUACAUAGCAAAACAGAGCAAGAGAUCAUAACCAGAGACAAAAGAGACAAGAGAGACUAUGAACAAAUAUCUAACCUCGCCAAGAAAAUGGGCCUUUACUGUGAAAUAUAUGGAAAAGUAGUGGUUGCAAGCAAGGUCCCUCUUCCCAACUAUCGCCCAGACCUUGAUGAUAAACGCCCCCAAAGAGAGGUAGUUAUCCCAUUAAGCUUGCAAAGAAGAGUAGAAGGUUUACUCCAAGAACAUCUUGACCGAAUGCAAUUGAAUUCUGGAGAUGUCGCGAGUGAAUCUAGUCAUCAGGCUGAGCUGGCAAACAGGGGUAGUAAUGGUAAUCCAGACUCAUUAGUAGAUGGAUCUCUUAUGGAAAAGGUUCUUCAAAGACGUAGUUUACAGAUGAGAAAUAUGCAAAGAUCUUGGGAGGAGUCACCAGAAGGAAAGAAAAUGAUACAAGCUCGUAUGUCUCUUCCUGCAUUUAAAGAGAAAGAAAGACUCCUUCAAGCAAUUGCACAGAAUCAAGUUAUUAUCAUAUCUGGAGAGACUGGAUGUGGGAAAACCACUCAACUUCCACAAUACAUAUUGGAAUCUGAGAUAGAAUCUGGUCGUGGGGCAUUCUGUAACAUACUGUGUACACAACCACGGAGAAUCUCUGCCAUGGCUGUUGCAGAAAGAGUUUCUUCUGAAAGGGGAGAGCCUCUUGGUGAAUCAGUUGGCUAUAAAGUUCGAUUAGAGGGUAUGAAAGGAAAAAACACUCAUCUUCUUUUUUGUACAAGUGGUAUUUUGCUAAGAAGGUUGCUCAGUGACCACAACUUGCAUGGUGUAACACAUGUUUUUGUUGAUGAAAUUCAUGAACGAGGCAUGAAUGAAGACUUCUUAUUGAUUGUAUUGAAGGACCUUCUCCCACGUCGUAGGGAUUUGAGAUUGAUACUCAUGAGUGCUACAUUGAAUGCUGAGCUUUUUUCCAAUUAUUUUCAAGAAGCACCAAUGAUUCAUAUUCCUGGUUUCACUCACCCAGUGAGGGCACAUUUCUUAGAAGAUAUACUGGAGAUAACUGGUUAUAAAUUAACUUCUUUCAACCAAAUUGAUGAUUAUGGUCAAGAAAAGUUAUGGAAAACACAAAGACAAUUAGUCCCACGCAAAAGGAAAAACCAAAUUACAUCACUUGUUGAGGAUGCAUUGACUCAAUCAAACUUUGAGAAUUAUAGCUCAAAAGCUCGUGAUUCUCUAUCUUGUUGGAAUCCAGAUAACAUUGGAUUCAAUCUUAUUGAAGCAGUUUUAUGUCAUAUUUCACGUAAAGAAAGACAAGGUGCUGUUUUAGUAUUUAUGACAGGGUGGGAUGAUAUUAGUUGUUUGAAAAGUCAACUCAAAGCUCAUCCUUUACUUGGAGAUCCCAAUAGAGUUCAACUGCUGACAUGUCAUGGUUCCAUGGCAACAUCCGAACAAAAACUUAUAUUUGAAAAACCACCUCCAAAUGUGCGUAAAAUAGUACUUGCUACAAAUAUGGCAGAAGCAAGUAUUACAAUUAAUGAUGUGGUUUUUGUGGUUGAUUGUGGAAAAGCUAAAGAGACUACUUAUGAUGCUCUUAACAACACUCCUUGUUUGUUGCCUUCAUGGAUAUCACAAGCAUCUGCUCGCCAAAGAAGGGGUAGGGCAGGGCGUGUGCAACCAGGGGAAUGUUUCCACCUUUACCCUCGAUGUGUUUAUGAUGCUUUUUCUGAAUAUCAACUACCUGAGCUUUUAAGAACUCCUUUAAAUUCUCUUUGUUUGCAAAUAAAAAGUUUGGAAGUUGGAAGUAUUGGAGAGUUUUUAUCAGCUGCUUUGCAGCCUCCAGAGCCAUUAGCUGUCCAAAAUGCUGUGGAUUUUUUGAAGAUGAUUGGAGCAUUAGAUGAAAAUGAAAAUCUUACUCAUCUUGGUAAAUAUCUGGCAAUGCUUCCAUUGGAUCCGAAAUUAGGGAAAAUGCUGAUAAUGGGUGCUUUUUUUCGUUGCUUUGAUCCUAUUCUUACAAUUGUUGCUGGACUUAGUGUCAGGGAUCCUUUUCUUUUGCCUCAAGAGAAGAAAGACCAAGCUAGUACAGCAAAAUCAAGAUUUUCUGCAAAGGAUUACAGUGAUCAUAUGGCACUUGUGCGUGCAUAUGAAGGAUGGAAAGAAGCUGAAAGAGAAGGAUCUGCUUAUGAAUAUUGCUGGAGGAAUUUCCUUUCUGCUCAAACACUUCAAGCUAUACAUUCUUUAAGGAAUCAGUUUAUCCAUAUUUUGAAAGAUGCUCAAUUACUUGAGACUGAAUCAGGGAUUAACAACAGAUUGAGUCAUAAUCAAUCAUUGGUUAGAGCCAUUAUAUGCUCAGGCCUCUUUCCUGGCAUUGCAUCUGUAGUGCAUAGGGAGACAUCAAUGUCCUUCAAAACUAUGGAUGAUGGCCAAGUCUUACUCUAUGCAAAUUCUGUGAACACACGAUACCAGACAAUUCCAUAUCCAUGGCUGGUUUUUGGGGAAAAAGUCAAAGUCAACACUGUAUUUAUCCGGGAUUCUACUGGCGUCUCUGAUUCCAUUUUGAUCCUCUUUGGUGGUGGUGUAGUCAAUGGCGUUUCGCCUGGACACUUGAAAAUGCUUGGUGGGUAUAUUGAUUUCUUCAUGGAUCCUAAUUUGGCUGAUACCUAUGUCAUCCUAAAGAAGGAAUUCGAUCAGCUCCUACAAAACAAGCUUAAAGAUCCGGAUCUUGACAUCCACAAAGAAGGAAAAUAUCUCAUGCUUGCAGUCCAAGAGCUCGUGUCAGGAGACCAAUGCGAAGGGAGAUUUGUAUUCGGGCGCGAAACCAAAAGGGUAAAAGAGUCAAAUGACAAUGAUAGCUUCACAAGAGACGGAGCAAACCCUAAAAGCUUACUCCAAACCUUGUUAAUGAGAGCAGGCCACUCGCCUCCGAAAUACAAAACAAAGCAUUUGAAAACUAAUGAAUUUAGGGCGUUGGUGGAAUUUAAAGGAAUGCAAUUUGUAGGAAAACCAAAGAAAAACAAACAACUUGCGGAAAGAGAUGCGGCUGUUGAGGCGUUAGGGUGGUUGACUCAAACUUCGGGUUUGAAAAAAGAUGAAGAUGGUGAUGAUGAUUCGCCUCUUGAUUUGACUGACAACAUGUUGAAGCUUUUGAGUAAACCGAGGAAACCGAAGUCGCGUUAAAAUGAGUCUUGUGAUUGGAUACGGAAUUUAUAAAGUUUAGAAAAAGGACCACAUGGUUUUGCUUUUUUGUGAUGUGUUUCGGACCCGAUGGGAUACAUUGGAAAGAGAAAGAGGUUGGGGAUAUGGUGACUAGUUAGAUUUUGUGAAAGCAAUUAUUUUUAAAGCUUGGAGGGGAAAUUGUUAUCUUUUAUUUAAUCUUUUAUAAAGAUGGCUUGGCCUCAUCUUUAGAGUGUAAGUGGCCUUUGACAAAUGUAGUUGUAUUAAAUAAUGUUAACAUCGAGUAUAAGCGUUGUAAUUAUA